GCCAAAACGAGAAGAAGAUAAGAAGAAAUUAAAGUAUUAACUGUCUAUAUCUGCGAGAGAGAGAGAGAGAGAGAGAAAUUGUGUGUACCAGUUUCUGAGAUCGACUAUGGCGAAGAAUCUGGUGAGGUCUAAGAGAAUUACAGCGGCGUUUGACGACGUAGCUCGAGCCAGGCUGUGCGAGACUAGUGGAAGCGAGCACUCGGCAGCGGCGGAGGACUCGGUGGCGGACUUGUCCGAUCUAGUCGACUCGUUCUUGGAGAGAGAAGGGAGAGAUGGUGGAGGAGGUGAGGAGGAGAGAGAGAGAAGGAGUGAGAGAGAGGAAGGUCAAGAAGAAGAAAGAAGAGGCCGUUGUGAGGAUGAGGAGACGAAGGAGUUGGUGAGGGGUUUGGUAGAUGGAUAUGAGGGUGAGGAGUAUGGUGGUGGUGUGACUGUGAAGAGAUUGGUUUGUGAGGAGGUGGAAAUGGCGUUGCGGAGUUUGGGGACCGAUUCGUUGUCGUCGGAGGUUAAGCGAGGAGUGAUGAGCUGGUUGCGCCACAGAGGUUUCAAUGCCGGUCUCUGCAAGUCACGGUGGGAGAAAAGUGCUGGACAUCCGGCCGGAAAAUACGAGUACAUAGACAUACUCAUCUCCAAAACUCGCUACAUAAUCGAAGUAUCUCUCUCCAAAGAAUUCACAAUCGCCCGCCCAACCCUUAACUAUGCAUCGCUACUGCAACUUUUUCCUCAGGUUUGUAUGUUUAACGAAGGUGAACUCAAGCAAGUGGUGAGACUAAUGUGUGCCGCCAUGAGAGAGUCCUUGAAGAAGAGUGACUUACACGCGCCACCAUGGAGGAGGAACGGGUAUGUGCAAGCUAAAUGGUUUGGGCCAUAUAAGCGAAUGACUAAUACAGAGGAGCUGGAGCCGGCAAAAUCAUUAUAUGGUGUUGAGAUGGUGGCCGGUGGGAGUGUGGUGGGGUUUGAGACGUCAAUGGCCUUGCAUGGUGGUUGUAGGGGUGAGAUUGUCGGGAAAGGUGGUUUGCAUGUAGGGAACUUGAGGGCUGUGUUCAAUGGCAUGCCUUGGUAAUUUGGUUGGCUUUUCUCGUGUGAACUGUAAUUUUCAUAACUAAUGUAUAUAUAUAUUUUUUAGUUAAUAAUGUGCAUAU